UUUUGCUCCAUGUGUGGAUGUGAUGUGUGUCUUUGUGGUUGUUUUGUGUCUUUGUAGUUGUUUUUUUGUCUGUGGUUGUUUUGUGUCUCAUUGUGGUUAUUUUGCAUCUCUUUGUGGUUGUUUUGUGUCUCUUUUUGUUGUAUUAUGUCUCAUUGUGGUUGUUGUGUUUUUCUGGUUGUUUUGUAGUUUUGCAUCAUCUUGUAGUUUUGGUGUUUACGCUGCAGAUCACGUCUUUGUGUUGUUGUUGUUGUUGUUGUUUAUGUGUCACUGUUUGUCUUGGUGCUCCAUCUUAAGCAUCUCAUCUAUCAGCAUUAUUGCGCAUGACUGUGCACAUUCAGCUGUCUGUUUCCACGCGUGUUUUCCCGCUGAGCGCGUCAAGGUGUGAGCUCGUCUUGUGCGCAUGCAUGUGUGAGUGUGCGCGCACGUCGCGGCUGCGUUGCUGCUGCUGAAAGGCUGCUGGUCUGCUCGUUGCUGCUGCUCCGCUUCACUUCCACCGCCGACCUCCUCUCCGUCUCCACCCUCCGCCUCGGCGCCGCUUCCUCUGCGGGUGGAUGGAGGCUGGGAGCCCCGGAGAGACGCGCCAUGGCCGGGAUGCGCUGCUGACUCCUCAGACCCUCCCUCAGAUGACCCGCGGCUGAGCUCCGGGUGAUCAUGGCAUGCUGCCCCCGCCGGGCAUCCAGCACUGACCAUGGGGCUCCGGUCCAGGACCGUCGCUAGCGGCUCGGAGGAGCAGAAGAAGCCCUCCUCCGGCGCUCCUCCCGGGGACCUGCUGGACCAAGGCACCGGGGGAGCGGACAAGGAUGGCGCCCUGCUGCUGGUGGCCUCGGGCCGGGACGACUACAAGCGGGGCUCUCAGGGCAUCGGCAUCGGGCUGCUGGCCAAGACCCCCCUGAGCUACACCCGGCCGGCCAAGAGGAAUAACAUCCGCAAGAGGAGGAUCCAGAACCUGAUCUACGACGCGCUGGAGAGGCCGAGAGGAUGGGCGCUGCUCUACCACGCGUUCGUCUUUUUAAUUGUUCUGGGAUGUCUGAUUCUGGCCAUUCUGACCACGUUCAAGGAGCACGAGAAGACGUCGGCACACUGGCUGGUCAUUCUGGAAACUUUUGCCAUCUUCAUCUUCGGAACAGAGUUCGCUCUGAGGAUCUGGGCGGCUGGUUGCUGCUGCCGAUACAAAGGAUGGAGGGGGAGGCUGAAGUUCGCUCGCAAACCUCUGUGCAUGUUAGACAUCUUUGUGCUGAUCGCCUCAGUGCCGGUGGUGGCGGUGCGUAACCAAGGCAAUGUGUUGGCCACAUCACUGCGCAGCCUACGAUUCCUGCAGAUCCUGCGGAUGCUGCGAAUGGACCGACGAGGCGGAACCUGGAAGCUGCUGGGUUCUGCCAUCUACGCUCACAGUAAGGAGCUGAUCACAGCCUGGUACAUCGGCUUCCUGUCUCUGAUCCUGGCGUCCUUCCUCGUCUAUCUGGUGGAGAAAGACGACGUCUCCAUGAACGUUUCCGACCACGAAAACCCGACAGCUCAGCCCAAACCGCAGGACUUCGACACCUACGCCGACGCUCUGUGGUGGGGGCUGAUCACGUUGACCACCAUCGGUUACGGCGAUAAAACCCCAAAGACCUGGGCUGGGAGACUGUUAGCCGGCACCUUCGCUCUCAUCGGAGUUUCCUUCUUCGCUUUGCCUGCAGGGAUUCUGGGUUCUGGUCUGGCUCUGAAGGUCCAGGAGCAGCACAGGCAGAAGCACUUUGAGAAGCGAAGACACCCGGCGGCCGGACUCAUCCAGUCUGCCUGGAGAUACUAUUCCACCAAUCCAAUCAGGGAAGACCUCAUUGCCACAUGGAGAUUUUAUGAAACCGUCAUCUCACUCCCCUGCUUCAGGAAGGAGACAUUGGAGGUCAUGGCCAGCCAGAAACUGAGUUUGCUGGAGCGAGUUCGCCUUCCCAACGCCAGACCGUCGGUGGGGUCGGGAAAGAAGCUCAGCGGUAACGCCGAGUCCAUCGAGGAGAGUCCAUCCAAGGAGCCCAAACCGGCCGGCUUCAGUAACCGCGAACGUUUUCGCACCGCCUUCCGCAUGAAGGCCUACACGCUCCGCCAGAGCUCCGAAGAUGCCGGAGCUCUGGCAGAUCCAGCCUUAGAGGAGCGGGGUUUUCCCCCAGACAUCCUCCUUGAGGAGAUGAUCCCAACGCUGAAACUGGUCAUCAGGGCAGUCAGGAUCAUGCAAUUCCUCUUGAACAAGAAGCGGUUUAAGGAAACUCUGAGGCCUUACGAUGUCAAAGAUGUGAUCGAGCAGUACUCUGCCGGACACCUGGACAUGCUCUGUAGAAUCAAAUACCUCCAGACAAGGAUCGACAUGAUUCUUGCACCUGGACCCCCCCUCACCCCAAAACACAAGAAAACUCAGAAAACGCCCUUUGCCUACCCGUCCAAUCAGUCGCCCAGGCAUGAGUCCUACCUAGCCAAAGCCACCUCCAUGCCAGAUGCCGAAGACCAAAGCAUGAUGGGUAGAUUUGUCAGGGUGGAGAGACAGGUGGAGGACAUGGAGAAGAAGUUGGACUUCCUGGUGGACAUGCACAUCCAGCACACUGAGCACCUGCAGGUGGACUCCACCGGCGGCGCCCAGAUGACCCUGGAGACCUGCGAUCCUACGGGGAACGGUGGGAUCCGACGGGUUUUCUUCAACUACGCCGAGGCGUUCCCACACUUGUCGUUCCAGGUGCCUGUCAGCAAGGGCAACCCAUUUUAUGGCAGAGGACGGGGAGGCAGGGAGGGUCCUGGGCUGGCCGGAGGAGUCCCGGUACCUCCGGAUCAACCGCCGCCGUCUCGCCUCCACCAAGCUCCAGGCGCCAUCCCCACCUACACCGAACGUCCCACAGUGCUGCCCAUCAGCUCACUGCAGGAUCUGUCGGUGGGGCUGGGCAGGACCACAGGGGGGCGGGGGGCCGACUCGCCGCUCUCCAUGCUGUCGGUGAACCACGAGGAGCUGGAGCGCUCGCCCAGCGGCUUCAGCAUCUCCGGGGAGCGGGAGGGCGAGGAAGGGGGCGGCCUGUCGAUGGGGGCCGGGAUGGCGACCGGGGACGCCAGCUGGACGAGACCCCGGCCGAGCUACCUGGCGGAGGGCGAGACGGACACGGACACGGACCCCUUCACACCCAGCGGGGGGCCGCUGCCGCUCUCCUCCACCGGGGAGGGAUUCGGGGACGCCAUCUGGAACACGCCGCCUUGAGAGGAAGCGUGUUCGUCUGUUAAAUCCACGACUCAGACCUUAAAUCCAACCCAUGCCUCUAAACCCAAAUCACUGGGUCAAAGCCAAACCUCCGGACCGAACCUUUGGGGGGAAGGGCGACUCUGAUCCGCCUCGAUGCUGCAAGGUCACAAGGGAGGUCUCCGACCUUCGGGGGUCUCAUCAACCGACGGCGGUCCAGACAGAGCCAUGGCACUGAGACUGCCCAGAAAAAAGGGAAAGCAGACCGUUUGUAAAGUAAAACUCUGUACAGCGCACUCUUCGCAGAAACUUAGCUGACAUAAAAAAGAACAUGAAUAUACAUACUAUAUACACCCAAAGCUUUAUCGCUGCAAAGCCAACCGCACUGCAUGUGACGCAUGCGAUUUUUAGUGUAGACACUGCAAAGUUCAGGAUAUCAGGAAACAGAAAAAGAGAUUGAAUGGAUACAUAUACUUGCUAUGCCAUUUUGUAACACUUAUUUUUUUAUAUGAAUACAUUUCCAUUGUUUCUUGCAUGGUUUGCAUGACGAUGCACCAUUCUAGGGGUGACGUUAGAGGCUGAUACUGGAACCAAAAGUCUCCUGUCUCUUUGUGUUGUUUGCUGAGUGUGUGUUUGUGUGAAUGCGACAGAGAAGGAGGGAUUUGGGGAACAAAACACUGGUUAGUCUCUGGCGGUCGUGUUUCACCGUUUUCGUCGUCGGAGUGUCGGCUCUCGUCGUUUCGGCUCUCGUCGUUUCGUUUUCACACCACUGUGCUCUUUUACGUCACCACUUUAUGCAUUCAGACUCUCCACUUGAAAAAGAAAAAUGGUGAAAAAUUCGAAACACUAAAUCUCUGCUGCUUUGUUGGCACAUGAAUUCAGGGAUAUAGACCGACUGCUGAGCAUCGCUUGAAAAGAACUCACAGUUUACAGACAUUCACAGAAAAUAGUGGCUGAAGUUAAGAACUAACAAGACAUCAGCGUUAAAUUAAGCAGGACGGGUUUGUCCCAGUACCUACACUUGAGGGAAAACAGUUUGCUGAACAUGUAUUUGAUGCACCUAAACAAACCAGUGAAUCUAUGCUAGCUUUUACAUAAACGCCACAGAUGGUUGUCAUGCUGUAAAUCCAUUAUUCUUGAUGGGGUUUCGGGUGAAAAAUAUUGCAUAAAUUCCAGUUUAAAAGGAUAAUAACUAUAAUGUGCACAAUUAUAUCCAACUUGAAUUCUGAAUAUACAGUUAACUGACCUGCAUACUUCAUUUUAUUGUCUUCAUUAUAAUAUUAAUCUUCUCAAUCCCUUCCGAUUGGUUCAUAUUUAUUCCCACAAACUUUGUUUUUAUCUGUAAGCUUGACAGAAUUCUUCAUUAAUUAUUACAAAUACCAGAAAUCCAUCACAUAUUAACUCGCAAGUGUUGGUACUGGAACAGUUUUUAACCUAUAUUUUAGGUUUUUCUUUCAUUUUUUGCUGUCAUUUUACGUUUAAUUCCACACAUUUUAUCGUGCUAAUCCUUACCUAAUCAGUAGAAGACGACUAGGUUUCUUUCGUAGACAUUCCACCGCUGAUCCAAGAGGUUCCCUUAGUUAGAACCCCUGAACCACACGGCUCCAAGUGUUUGUGGUGAUAAAACUGCCCAGGGAGGAACCUCAGGACUGCAUUAUAAAUACCUGAUAAUGGUUUUACAGAAGAAGAAGCCUGGUUGUCUCCUACUGAAGCUCUGAGGAUCAGCUGAUGACUGAGGAUCUACACAAACAGAUGUUCUGCAGCAGCUCAGUGGAACCAUAAAAAAUCUGUAUUUAGGUGUAUUUUAAACUUGUAAAAAUGUUCUUAAAUAUAAAAUCAAAUAGCAAAUACAAGCAUUUAUGUGAUUUCUACUCUCCAGCAGAGGUAACCAACUCUACGGAGCUUCAUUUUUUAUUUUUUCAAUUUCAAUUCUGCUGCUUUCUACUCCAUAAAAAGUGAAAUUCAGUCUUUUUUCCCCAAAAAACUAAAAAGAACUGUGCAAUUAAAAUGAUUAUGUUUCAACAGACCUGUCCAGUUAAUUGGCAGCAAACUGAUUUAAGAAUAAAGGUAAUUAAAAUGCUAAUGAAGCAGAGAAAUUAAGGGAAUUUAGCCACAAAUUACUCGUCUCAGUCAGUGAGGUCAUCAAAGUCUGCUGUAGGCCUCCACUUCUAAACAUAAUCCAGCCUUAAAUUUACAAAAAACCUUUACAGUUGUCCAACAACACAUCUUUAUGCUAGUUAAUAUUUUAGUUUUCAUUAAAGCAACUUUAAAUCUGAUGUAUAUCGAGUGUCCAGUUUGACAAACUGGGAAGACACGUUGGCGAGCGACUGAAGGUUUCCGGUGAAACAUAUUAUUAAAAAUGAAACACAACAAAGCCACAAAUGACCACAUACUGCAAAUAAAAAAGCUUUACAGACGAUCACAUUUAAGCCUAAGCUGCUUUUUUCUACCUUAGAUUUAGGGCGACACUGAUACUGAAUGUAAUAUCUGACAACCAACUAUAUCUACACAUGAGAAUUAUUAUAAUUCUGAUUAUUAUCACACAGUUAUAGCAUGUUCAAGCACCUACGGGUUGAAGUUUGCAGACGGGUUUCCACACCAGGCUUCAUCAGGGAGAAAUAUGUCGAAAUAAACUGGAAUUUAACUGCAACCUUGUGUAGUUUAGACGGGAUAAUGUGCAAUAAGACGUGUUGAUCAAACAUUAAUGCAUUGUCUGCAAAGUUGACACUGGAUGUAUUGGUGCUUUCAGUUCAUUAAUGAGAAUAAAGAUGGCUGAAAAUGAUGUAUAAUUACCUUUUAAAACUGGUGAAUGAUGACGGUCAUGGCUGAAGGAAGCCUAUGCUGACCCAUCCAUCCACCCCAGCCUCCUCCUUGCACAGAUGUUGUGUAUUUGUAGCAUUGUGCUUUACUUGAACGUCACAUCCCACCCCAAAAAUAAUAGAUUAACCCUGGAAACAGAACAAUGUAGUGCAUUUCUCUUCCUGAAAGCAGCACUGCAGAUUGUCCAACCAAUGACAACAUACUAACCAACCAGUCGACCUGGAAACUGCAGCCUCCCGACCUGACGGAAUGAACAAUAAAGUGAAACAAGAUUAAAAAGCACUUCAUAUGUUUUAUAAUGGGAAAUACAGCUUGAAAUAAGCCAGAAUGAUCUUUUAUGGUCAGGGAAUAGUGGCGGUCACGGUUGAAAGAAACCUUUGUUGACCGAUCCAUCCACCCUGACCUCCUCCUAGUUGUGGUUUUUCAGCAUUUGUAACCAAAAUGACGGAUUAAUCAUGGAAAUUGCUCGACCAAUGAGCAUUUAGUCAAAUGAGAACAUGUUACUCAACCAAUCCCCCUGGACACUGCAGGUUUAGUGACCAACUCCACCCACCUGGUGCUCCCAGACGGUUGAAACGAGCGCCACCAUUCUGUUUUUAGCUCACAUUGAAGCCUGGUGUGGCAGUGACCGUCUGUAAAAACCAACGAGGUGAACCAAACCCUUAUUAUUACGAUUAUUAUCUAUUUAUCUUAUCGUAUUCCAGUUAUUUACCUUCUGCUCCUGGAAGCCAUUGAAUUAUAAAGACAAACGAUGUUGCGAUGGCAGCACCACAUGUAGAUAAACCGAUGAUAUAUCCCUGUAGACGUCCAUUCAUUGUGCCUCUGAAGCAAGAAGCAUCACUCAGAAUGACUCCAUCAUUCUCUAUUUAGUGUUUCACUUCACGUCACCAAACACAAACCACACGAUCUACGAAUGUGAGCUCCGUUUCUUUCUGUGGUGCGUCGUCUUAUCUAUUCAUUUAUUUAUUCAUUCAUUUAGUUAUUUCCUUGUUUUCAAACCAGCGUGGUUUUGCUUUUGUAAAAAAAAAAAUAGCCGUUUCGUAGCUUUCGUGGUGCUUUUGGCUCAUUGACCUGAUUUCAGCUGCACAGAAAUGUAAAGUUUGUGAGGUUUUCACGUCUUUGUUUGUUUAGAUGUUUUUGUUCUCAGUCGGUGUUCUUGUUCGGUUCGAGUUCGUUUAAACACCAGUGUUUCUGUUGCCUUUCACAUCAAGUUCCACAUUUACUCACUUUGCUUCCAAAUUCAAAAUUCCAAGCUUAUACCGCUUCCUUUCUAAAUUUACCGGCAUGGUUUAAGACUAUCACUGGAAACAACCACAGUAUAUAACAGCAUAUUUAUAGUGAAAUGGCAAAUUACUGUUAAAAACCUUAUCGUUUUGUAAAUUUAAACAGAAAAAAAAGGUCUUCCAAGACACUGAAGUUCACUGCGAACACAAAACAGAAGCAGUUAAAGAAUAAAUGGGAAUAUUUUCAGAUUUAUUUCAGUAAAAAACAGAAGUUGUUCUUCUCAGGAACUCAGAAGAAGAAAAAAGAUGAAACCUCCAUUGAUGAAUCCACUGAACACAGCUUUAUUUUAACAAGUCAUUCUGUCUGUUACUUAGCCAUAAAACUCAUUUUCCUUCAUUUCUGGAUUAUUUCACCUGGUUUUGAUCCAAAUUCACUCUUAUUAUGGGAGUUUCCUGAAACAAAUAAAACUAAAUCCCUGAAAAACUGCAGUCGUACCCAAUAUGUAGAAUUAAACAGACCCUCCAGAAAAACGCGAUUAUGCGAUCGCAUGAAUUCCCACAUUAAUCACCAAAAUGCCGCUGAUUAUGCGGGGGUCAGUUAUUUCCCAAAAGGCCGCAUAAUCCCCGCAAAACAGCGCAUAAUUCCCGCAAGAAUCUCACAUUUCCACGAAAAAAAGAGAAAUAUGCAGGUCCCCCUUGAUUUCACAAUUUCCACAUAAAAUGAGAAAACUAUAACCAAUAUAAAUGGAGUUGUGAGUUUUUAUGUGACGCCCGGCCUGACGUCAUCAGUUCAUUCACACACACACUAGAAGCACGAGCUGAUGUGGAGCGCGGCACCAGUGUUGCCAACUUAACGACUUUCUCACUAAAUCUAGGGACUUUCCAAAGCGUCAAAAGCGACUAGCGACAAAUCUAGCGACUUUUUCUGCCGUUUUGGAGACUGACAGGAAAACUUGGAUCAUUCUGCAGUUACUGUUUUCAACCAGCAGCAGGUGCUGCUGUGAGCUUCUCCCCCUCCCAGAGCACAGGCUGUCAGUCCAGUAACCUGCAGCAGUCCCAGUGUCUGAUUAGAGGACUCAUCACUCCGCAGCCAGACGGCAGGUGAAUCACGCAUAUUUUUGCAUACUUCACAACUUUUCGCAUACUUUGCAACUUUCCGCAAUUUCCCCACAUAUAAUGGCAUAAAAACCCUGCAUAUUUAUUCACAUAAUCAAGGAUUUUAGCCCGCGUUUUUCUGGAGGGUCUAAUUUAAGACAACAUUUGGUGACUUGUUAAGAUGAGUGUGAUGAACAACUAGAAAAACUUCUUACAAAGAAGAGUAUUUCUAAACUUAAUUUCAUGAGUUUUGUGACAUUUUGUGGGUUUUGUUUGAACAUGAUGCCGUUUUGUUUACUGGUGAAGGUUUGUGGCCAAACGUUAUUCCAACAUAGAGCUGCAACUAAUGAUUAUUUUCUCAAUUAGUGAAUUAGUUGAUGGUGAAAAACGUUGAUCAAGUCCUUGUUUUGUCCACAGAUAUUCAGUUCAUUGCCACUAAGAAGGAAAGAAACUGGAAAAUACUCACAUUUAAGAAGAUGCAAACAGAGAAUUUAGACUUUUUUUUAAAAAAAAGCCUUCUCCAAUCGAUCAAUCAGUCAUUAAAGUUGUGUUCAACUAAUCGAUUGAUCGUUGCAGCUCUAUUCCAGUGUUGUUUUAUUUCCCAAACUUUCUCCAGUGACGCCUUUUUCUGAAACCUCUCCAACACAAACAGACGGUAAACUGACUAAAUUACAAUAUUUGUUUGAUGCAAAGAAGCUUUUAAGAGGAAAACAAGAGGUUUUAACUGUGUGUUUACCAGUUUUAAGAAAGAAAAAUGGAAUCAGUCUGACUUUUUGGCUUUUUAGGAGUUACUGAAAAUCAACCUAAGAUUCACUUCUGAACUGCGUUUGUAGUUAAUCCAAAUUAUUCUGUAGUUCUGAAGAAAAAAUAGUGAAGUCUGACUGCUAGUUUGGUUCAGCGCUGGCGGUUUAUUGACGGUUGUUGUCCUCUAUGGCUGCCAGUAGUUUUAAAAACCCAACUUCAGACAAAACUUUUCAAAAGAAGUUGAGGAAAUUCAGAAGUUUCAUGUUGUAUCCAGGCAGCAAAAAUGCAUUUGAGUAUUUUAGUUACAAUAAUGUGGAAAUAUUACGUCGCUGUAAGUUUAGAAUGUCUGGAACCAUUUUUCAAAGAUUUUAAAAUCUACAACCAGCUGAAAAACUUCAAAGCUGAAGAGAUUUUCAGUUGAAGACCAUUCGGUGUUCUGACAAAUCAAACUUUAAAAAAGCCGUUUAGUUGAUCUGAUUCCUACUUGACAUGAUUUUUGAGCGGCUCAUUCUCAACGUUUCAUCUCGUAUUUCUUUAUUUAGCACCCUGAGGCUUGUUGAAGAGGUUUCAAUCCGCUCACUGGAGGAUUUAAUCAUUUACUGUCCUGGUAUUUUUGUCUUUCUCUUCUUAUUUUGUGGAAUCGGUUCCUUAUUAUGAUUGUUUCCCAUUAAGGGUUGUAAAUCAAAACCCACCAUUAGUCCCACUGACCAGGUUAAAGAAUGGAUAAAGCUCAUGUGAUGAUGUUUUCUGAGUCAGGUUCAGUGAUUUUAAUGGACAUGCACAUUCAGUCUGAGUCAUGUCUUUCACAAAAUCAGAAAACUGUACCUGCACAGGUGUUUGUUUGGUCUUCUGUAGCACAGAAAUGAGGCUUCAUUUUGUUGGAAUCAACCCUUUGUCUGUUUAUUUGACAAUCAGUUUUUUAUUUUCCCACUACAAUUCUCCAAAACAAAGCAUCUGCUGUGUCCACAAACAGGUGAAAUAAUGGGUUUGAUUGUGAUUUUGAACAUUAUUAUACCUUUUAGUAUUUAGUUGGGUUGUUUGUUGGUCCUUUUUUUAACUAAAGUGUCACAUUCUCCAAUGAUUUUGACAUUUUUCUGGUCUUGCACCAACCCAGUUCUUCGAUAUUUGCACUCAAUGAUUUGGUUUCAGCCGCCAAAGGUCUUUAAAUGUCCAAUUUUUCGGCAGUUUCUUUAAAAAACACAACUCCAAACUGUGUUGCAUUCACAGUUUUGUUGGACUCACCUCUGGAAUCAGUAUUGUGACGCUUUAUAGGGACAAAAUUGGUUUAACUUGUGUAGCAGCCACUCACACAUUGUAAUCCUGCAGGAAUAUGAAAAACAUACGACCACAUGUCAGCUCCUGAGCACUUCACGGCUUGAAUCUGAAUCUUUCUCGUCUCUUGAAGCCAUAAUCUGAAGCAUGUCUGUACCUGAAACACCCACAGCUGUUUGUUUGUCGUUCAGUUUCUCUUGUGCGUGAUCGAUCCUGAUUGAAAAGGAGCACUUUACGGCGUCCAUGUGGUCCAGAGGGCAGUAGUGCUUGCUGUGAUUUGUUCUGUUGGCUGUUCUCAUUGUAACUGCAGACCAAGCAAUGCACUGACCGGCACAUUCUACAUAACCUGUAAUUUUACGGACAUUUUGAUUGCUACGAAUUAUUUGUGCCUUGGCCUUUUACAGUACCCUUCUUUUCGAUGUUUACUCUUUCGGUUUCGGUCACGCUUUUCUCGCUACGGCUGCCGAAGCGCUGCACGGAGCUGUCGGUGAUAUCUGUGAGGACGGCUGCCUUUAAUCUGCUCCCAUCCUGAAGCAGGAAGCGGCGGCUGUAAAGUCUCUGUCUGCAGGACUUAAAAAGCACCAACAAAGCAAAAGGAGGCGCGCCGAAAUCUGCAAGCUCCGAAGUUUCUUCCUGUUUGCCUGAUGAGAACUUUGCAUUAUUAAAACUCUUGCAGAUUUCAGUGCAUAUGAAGCUUUUCCACUCCGAACUCUCAUCUGGGUAAGCACAAUAUUUCCAGAAAUGUUUGCAAGUAGCUUCAAUUUAAACCGAAAGAAAGAGAAAAAACAAACCGUACAUCGACUGAAAGCACAAAACCUCACGAUUUAAAGAACACACACGACUAUUCUGUCUUCAUGGAAGCACUCACUAUGUGCUGCAGAACACAAAAUGCUUCCAAACUUAGUAUUUUUCAGAAAAGGGGGUGAGUGUUAAAGUGUUUACACAGGUUUUUCAGUUAAACUCCUGCUCAUACUGCCGUCACCCCUCAAUCCAGAAUCCAUGUUUUAGACUGUCUGGUUUACUGGACAGACUGUUCUUAGAUUCUCAUUUAGAUCUCAUCUUUUUAUAUAAAUACUUCACAUUUUGUAGCAAAGCAAGCUCUACAAGUCAUCAAGGUGAAGACAAUUAACAGGCCAUAUUUAUAAAAACCCAGAACGUCUUUUACUCUAGUUCUGUCUCCACCGUUGGUUUUUAAUGGUUAGAAACACUUGAUUUAGAUUUAAAGUAGCCACUGCUGCCAGAGUUUAGCACCACAACAUGUUGGGUUUGUUCUUCUGGUUUGUUUUAUGCAUCCAGAAAACGUUUUAUGACCUUCAGGUUAAAAGGAGUAAAGAAGUUUAUGGUGUUAUGCUUCAAUGGUGGAGGCAAGAACAGUACAUAGUGAAGAAUCAGUCCUUUCUAAUGUUUCCCUGUGCAUUUACAGAGCUUUCCAUUUGACUUGCCUGUUUGUUAGAUAUCAACAAUGGUCUCGGGCACAUUUUCAACACAUACAAAAUAAAACUGCUGCACAAUUUAGAUUUAAUCAGAAACUUAGGAGUAAAAUUCUGAAAACAACCGGUUUUCCACUCUACGAACUCAUAGGAAUCUUGAUCUUCAUGUAGCUGAUGUUCUUGGAUUGACAUCGUGAAAACCAAAAGGCUGAAAGGCUGGACUAAGGGGUUGUGUUACGUUUAUACAAUCUUCUACCUGCCCAAGUUCCUGAAAUCACCCAGUACUACGACUUGUCUCACAAACCUGUAGAAGUCCUAUUUUUAUUGGUUCAUUUGGUUCAGUAGGAUCAACAAAAAAAAGAACUUUUGACUUUAAAGUCUUUGCAGGGACAACCUUUAAACAAUAAAAGAAUAAUAUUUACUAUUUUCUGCAUUCUAGAACUGGAGUUUUACCUGAUAAAUACAUUUCCUGUUAUUUUGGCAAACUCUGAGUUGAUGUUUUUGGAUCAAACAACGUAGAGGAAACCAAAAGACUGAAAGGGUCGACUAAGGGGUUGUUUUAUGUUUCUACCAUCUUCCACCAGCCCAAGUUCUGUCUGGACGUACAAUAUUUGCUUUAUUUAAACUCGUUCAUGCGUCCAGGUUUGUCCAUCCGAGAAAGAUGCUACUGAGCAUGCCCAGUGUGCCCAAAAAUGUAGACCAUCUGGGAAAGUUCUUCGAUCCACUGAGCACCUUUCAUGUCUCACAAUCUAAAGACACCUUAAUGUUAUUUACUUAUCAUAGUUAGCAUUUGGUUUGGUUUUUUUUUAUCACGGCUUCUUACUUCUUUAACAGAAUCUUAAAGUUUCAGUCCGGUUUUCUCAUUAGGGGUUGUUCUACGUUUCUACCAUCUUCCACCUGCCCAAGCUCCAGUAAAAGUCUUCUUUUUGUUGGUUCAUUUUGGUUCCGUAACAUCAAGAAAAAGAACUUUGACUUUAAGUUUUUGCAGGGACAACCUUUAAACCCUAAAAUAAUUGAUGACAACAUAGGGGAAACCAAAAGACUGAAAGGGUCGACUCAGGGGUUGUUUUAUGUUUCUACCAUCUUCCACCUGCCGGAGUUCCUGAAAUCACACACUUAGUGAGAAAGUCUGGACGUACAGCAUUAGUACUUUAUUUAAACCUGUUCAUGCGUCCAGGAUGCUUGUGAGCUGAAUAUCUGGGAAACUUCUUUGAUUCACUGAGCACCUUUCACGUCCCACAGUCUAACGACGCCUUAGCUACCAUUUGGAAUUUUGAAUCAUGACUUCUUACUUCUUUAACAGAAUCUUAAAUAUUCAGUUCGGUUUUCUCCUAACUGCCAGAAUCUACUUGAAAAGUGCCGAAGACCUGUCCAAUCUGUCCUGAUGCUGUGAUAGAAACUGAACCUGCAGACUGAAGGAGGGGUAAACAAAACAAACGACCACUAAAGCCAAACAUCUCUCCACAGAUAUCACAUCCAGCUUCGUGUUUGUCGCCCGGCAGCAGCUUUUUUGGGUCAGAAACAGUUUUGUUGUUCUUAAGUUUCAUUUAAGGGAAGUUUGGACAACUUUACACUAGUGGCCUUCAGAGCUGUGCAUCAUUUUUCUCAUUCCAGUUUGACAAAAUAAAACAAACUCGCCAUUUCUAUUCUGUAUUAGACCACUUUGAAUAUUUGGUUUCGAUGAUAUAAUAUGCAAAUGUAUUCUUACUUGAUUUUUUUAUUUUUGUCUUUUCAAUUGCACCAGUUAUUAAUAAAGUAUUGAACUGAAAAUG